UAAAGGGGAAUGAAAAAACCGUCGGACUGAUGUGGGCGUGCGGGAAGCUUCCUGUUGUGAAGGGAAGCGACUUGUGUGUGUAUCCGCGUGAGUUUCUUAACUUUACUUGGGUAUUGACUUAUGACAGUUGUGAGUAGCGCAGGAGCCAUGCCUUUCCUCCAUGGGUUUCGUAGGAUCGUAUACGAGUAUCAGCCGCUGGUAGAUAAUGUCAUGUGUGUUGUUGGACUGGAGGAAGGGGACGGUAGUCACGAGGACAGAGUCCAAGGUCCUGAGGAGGAGUCUGGUCUUUGUGGCUCUCUUGCAGAGCUUCUGGAGCGGGAGUCCCAGUCAGAAGUGUUUGUGGAAGGCAUCAGCUAUGCUCUGUUUAAGGUGGCAGAGCUGGGACUGGUGUAUGCAGCUGAAAUCCUUCUACGCUAUGGAGCUGAUCUAAACUUUGAAGACCCAGUGUCUUACUACAAUCCUCUACAUAUCGCAGUUUUGAGGAACAGGCCCAACAUGGUGAGGCUGCUGGUCGGCCACGCAGCAGACGUUGAAAAGAGAGACAGGAUCCAUGAGAGCAGUCCUUUGGAUCUUGCCAGUGAGGAGUCAGAGAGGCUCCCCUGCCUGCUCACCCUGCUGGACCUGGGUGCUGAUGUGAACGCAAGGGACAAACGUGGAAAAACACCUUUGCUCCAUGCCUUGGCGAGCAGCGACGGACUCACUGUGCACAACACGGAGAACAUCCAGCUUCUACUUCAGAGAGGUGCUGACGUUAAUGCUGCUACUGUCGAUGGUGAAACCGUUGAGUCCUCGUUGGUGUUCCUGGUGAAGGAGGCUCUGGAGGCCACUACGGAGGACGCUGCUGAGAUCGGCAACUUCUGCUUGAAAGCCACGCAGCUACUGCUGGCUCACGGCGUGGACCCCAGCUGCUGUCUGAAUGAGGACGGCGAGCCCUCCCUGACACAGACGAGCCUGGAGCAUUUUGACCUGCUCUUCCCUCUGGCUGUGCUCCUAAUCCAGAGUGGAGCGUCUUUGGUUUGCUCCUACCACGGCGACUCCUGUUGGUCGUUUUACAGCCUCCUUUUCCAGCGGCUGCAAACAGCCCUGCAGCAGUGCUCUGGUCAAAGUCGCGCCUCGGAGCUGCUGGAGCAGGCUGAGGUCUUGCUUGACUUGGCGAGGGUGGACGACCCCGCACCGCAUCUGCCUCUCAGGCUGGAGCUCCCCGUGCCCGGUCAGGACCCGCACCCUUAUGCUCAGGCUCUGGUAGACCUGCACGACCACGUAGCAGAGCACGAAGCGAACCCUCCUGCUCUGCGCUGCCUUUGUAGGGCAUUCAUAAGGAGUCACUUACAGCCCUGGCCCCUGGAAGACAAAGUUAAAGCCUUGCCGUUACCAGACAGACUGAAAGACUUUAUUCUUCCUGAGCACACGUAUACUCCUAAGCCUGGCUGGGACUGUUUCAAGCCCCAACACAACCAGCGCUGAUGUGUGUGUAUAUAAGCUAGUUUAAGUCUAGUUCUUUUCCUUUCGAAAUCUAAAUAAAAGACUGAACAGGUCUGUAAUAAUUUGUAUAAAAUGUCUUGAGCAGUUGUACAAAAAUGAACCUAAAACGAACCAUUGUGGCAUUGUUUAAUUCUUAUUGUUGCUGUCUGUGCCAAAAGAAGACAAAUGUGUGAAUGUUUACUUUGAGAUUAAAGUUUUGUCUGUACAGAUUAGCCUGUGAGUUGUAACUCAGUUUUUACUGUUAGGAUUAAACUGCUGUACAGUUGUGUGCCAUAUCAAUGUGUAAAGGAAGCUGCAAUGCAACAUAAAUUCCACCAGAUGGCAAUGUGGCUCUUGCAGCUCAAAAGCAGCUCAGAUGUCAGGGUCAAAGAUGUAGUUAUUCACAGUGCAGCCUAUUAAAGUUGUUCCAGCGCAGUAGGCUCCAUCUAUAUUUCAUCUCCUCAACAUGAUUGUGGUGUAUUUGUAGAAUUUGUGCAUCUUCUUGCCGAACAUGAAUGUGGACCAAUAAAACAUGUUGUGUCUCCACCUAGA